CAAGCGGAAAUCUCAGAACGUACGGUUAAUCAAAUGUUCUUUGGUUUUGAAAAGGAUGCUGCUAAAGGUUCAAAUCAAAGACAUGCUAAAGAUAAUGCCAAAGAUAACAAGAACACAGUCAAACGUAAAGAUAAUAAAUCGACACCCAAAGUUUCACAAAGCCGAUCAGUCUCUCCGACUUCAUCCGUAAACGAUGAGUCAUAUAAUAGUCAAUCAAUGCCACAUACUUUUAAUAGCGGAACCCGGACGCGUAAUAGCCAAAAACUUACUUCUGGUAGUUCAGUAACACCCUCAAAUAGUGAAAAUACACCUAACCUAUCAAGAAGAAAUAGUAAGGCCAUAAGUCGUUCCGUUUCUCCUGCAUUAUCUGCUGCUUCGUCACGUGCAACAUCACCAGAGAGACUAAACGGAAAGCUAAAUCGAAAGCGCAGCACAAAUAACUUAAGCUUGACGCCACCAUUAAGUCCAACUUAUCGAGUGAGCUCUGAUACUUCAACUCUUUAUCCUGGAACUACUGCUCAAAAGACAAAUAAAUCUAAUAAUAAAAAUUCGACCGUUUCUACCAGAAAGACAAAUAAAUCUAACGAUGAUAAAAAUUUGACUGCUUCUCGUCGGUCAUCCGUCCUUCUCGGCAAGAGUAGCACUAUAUCAAGACGUAGUAAUAGUGUUUCUAGUACAUCAAGUGAAUCUUCAUCGGUUUCGUCCGUUAUUGCACCUUCUACACCAACCACUCUUGCACCAUCUUCAAAUUCAGCUUACGUUGUUAAUGGACACUUGGCUACAACACUUAAUGCUACGCCAAUUGCAAGAAAAAAAAGUAGGGAAAUGUCAAAGGCUAGACCUAAGAGUGUUGUUGGCCAGUGA